CGCAGAAUGGAAGAUAAUAGUCCAACAAAGGAGCAGACAAAAGUUGCAAAUUUGGAAGAUGCACAAGAGGAGAAAAUUGCCAUUUUAGAUUUUGGUGCUCAAUAUGGAAAGUUAAUCGACAGACGUGUUCGUGAAUGCAAUGUUUAUAGUUCUAUUUUGCCUUUUGACACUAAAAUGGAACAAUUAUUGCGGGAUAAGUACAGUGCAAUUAUUAUAAGUGGCGGACCAAAUUCUGUAUAUGUUGAUAAUGCUCCUUUGUAUGAUGCUGCUAUAUUUAAUGGGCAACUCCCUGUACUUGGAAUUUGUUACGGGUUUCAGUUAAUAAACAAACAUUUUGGCGGAAAUGUUUGUUUACAUGCAAGACGAGAGGAUGGACGUACAAAUAUUAAAAUUGACCCUCAAUCGGAAAUCUUUAACGGCCUUCAAGCCGAACAGAAUGUUCUUUUGACGCAUGGAGAUGGAGUAACAAAAGAUUCGAUUCCACCUAAUGGAUUUCGUAUAAUUGCAAUGAGUGGCGAAUUUGUUGCGGGUAUUGAACAAGUGGAAAAGCGUAUUUUUGGCCUUCAAUUCCAUCCAGAAGUUGACUUGACUGAAAACGGAACUUCAAUUCUUUCAAAUUUUCUUCGACGCGUUUGCCGAUUGACUUGUCGUUAUACUUUUCUAAAUCGAGAGCAUAAAUGUAUUGAAUUAAUUAGACAAACUGUUGGUGAUAAACAUGUUUUGGUGCUUUGUUCUGGAGGGGUGGAUUCAACUGUUUGUGCUGCUUUGUGUAUAAAAGCUUUGGGCUCUGAAAAAGUGCAUGCAAUCCAUAUUGAUAAUGGCUUUAUGCGUUAUAAUGAAUCUUCCGCUAUCAUUCAAUCCCUAAGCGCAAUUGGACUAGUUGUUAAUCGUUUUGAUUUUCUAACUGAAUUCUUGAAUGCCAGGAUAAUUGAUAAAGGAGUAGAAACUCUGCCAUUAAAAUUUGUUACUUGCCCGGAACAUAAACGUAAAAUUAUUGGUGAUACUUUUAUUCGUUGUAAAGAUGCUGCAAUUGAGCAACUCAAGUUGGACAAUGACCUUUAUUUGGUUCAAGGAACAUUACGACCAGAUUUAAUUGAAAGUGCGUCAGAAAUUGCUAGCGGUUGUGCUAAUGUUAUUAAAACUCAUCAUAAUGAUAGUGCACUUGUAAGAGAACUUCGAGAUUUGGUUGUUGAACCACUACAAGAUUUUCAUAAAGACGAAGUUCGUGAACUUGGACGAACUCUCGGAUUGCCUGAGGCUAUUGUUACUCGCCAUCCAUUCCCUGGCCCGGGUUUGGCUAUUCGAAUUCUUUGUGCUGAAUGUGAAAAUUUUGAUGCAACACAAAAUCAACUUCGUUCAAUUGUUUCAAAUUUUAGUCCAAAUUUUGAUUGCAUUUUACUUCCUAUUAGAGCUGUUGGUGUACAAGGUGAUCGACGUUCUUAUUCUUAUGUUGCUGCUUUGACCUUUUGUAAAAAGGAUGAACCUAUUCCUUGGGAUAAAAUUCAUUAUCUGGCUAAAAUACUUCCAAAUGAAGUAAAAAAUGUGAAUAGGGUUGUUUUUGUAUUUCAUGAAACAACUACUAAUUUAAUUAAGGAUAUUACUGUUACACAUAUAAAUGAAGCAACAAUUGAGAUUAUUCAAAAAGCUGACAAAAUUGUUUACCAAACAUUGCGCGGGUUGGAUUCUUUAGACAACCCAAAUCCUUUACUUAAAGAUUCUCUUAAAUGUAUAGAACAGAUGCCAGUAGUUCUAGUCCCAAUUCAUUUUAAUCGUUUUUAUACUUUGCCUCAAGUUUUCCCAAGUACAAAACGUUCAAUUGUUUUACGCCCUUUUCUUACUCGUGAUUUUAUGACUGGAGAGCCAGCUAUACCAGGACAAGAUAUUCCCUUUGAGACAAUUAUGGAAAUGGUUAGACGUAUUGAAGCAGAAAUGCCAACAACAAUUUCUCGGGUUAUGAUUGACAUGACGGCGAAACCUCCCGGUACGACAGAAUGGGAAUAA